AUGAAUCAAAAUGAUAAUUAUAUUCCAUUAUCUUACAAUGAUCACAAUCAUCCUCUUUAGAAAUGGCGUUUACAUAGUAACUCUAUGCAUAGUUAACCUCUUAUUAAAAUUGAUUUUGAUCAUAAACCAAAAAUGGUAUAUUAAUUACCAGAUGUUUUCAUGACAAGUAGAUAAAAUUAAUUAAAAGUAAUUUAAACAUACAUAUAUAGUAAUCCUAUUUAGAAAUUCCUAAAAAAAGCAGAAAAACAAGUAAAGUAAGUUUGAACAGUUUAGAGGUUUCUCCAAAAAUUCCAAAAUUGAAUAAUAGUAAAGAUUAAAAAUACAAAGAACUUUCUGAAUUACAUAAGAGUUAUUCUUAAUUUAAGUAAUUACUAUAAUCAUAAUUUAAAAUAGAAAAUCACUUAAUCAAGUUAAGAAAUAACAUUUAAUUGUUGAUAAUAAUUGUGAAAUCAAUACAAUUAAUCCCAACUCAUCCUUCUAUUUAAAUGGUGUCAAAUUACCUUACAGUUUGUACGUUAUCAAUAAGAAUCGUUAAAUGGCCAUUACUAAUUUAAUGAAUCAUGCAAAUCCACAUGCUCAUGAGUAAUCGUAAUAGUAGAUCUAAAUGAUUGACAACUAAAUAAAAAAAGUUCGUAAUAUUGGCCCUUAUUUCAGGGAUCGAAAAUUAGAGUAAAUAAAAAAUGAAGGAAUACAGAAGUCGAUCUUAUUUACAAAAUGCAUAUUAUUCAAUGUUAUGUGUGAACUCUGAUUCCAAGAAGAGAUUAAAGAAGAUUAUACAUCGAUAAUUCCCUUAAGAGUCUCGUUUCUAGCAGUUAUGAAGAAUAAUUAUAAUUAUAUAUAUAUAUAUAUAUAUAAAUAUUUGUUAAUUUUAUGAUUACUACACCUAAUGUUAUUGACUCUAAAUUUUAUGAGUUAUAAAAUAGUUGUCAUGCAUUUAAAUCAGAAAAUGAAGAAUUCAAAUAAAUUUUAUUAAGAUUAUGGAUAUAGAUCUCGAAAUCUUUUAAUGAAGACUUUGAAGAAAUCUUAUAAUUGGGUAUCAAUUCAGAUAUCUAAGAUGUUAUGAAUGCUAUACUUAUUAUUGAGGAGGCAAGAUUAGAGUAAAUUAAAGUAUAAAAAUAUAUUAUAUUUUAAGAGUGAUAGAUAAUAGAUUUAAUUACUUGAAGAUGAAUUAAAAGCUAUUAAAUAAUCAAAUACUACUAAUACUAAAAAUGAAGAAUUAAUUGAAACAUAAAAAUAAUAUAGAGAAUUAAGUGAACUAGUUAUUUAAUUAAAAUUAUCAAAUGAAGAUAAAGAUCAUUAAAUUUUAGAAUAAACUAAAUUAAACAAAAAACUAUAAGAUGAAUAUAAUCUAUUAACAUCUAAAAUUAAUAAUUUAUCAUUAGCAUUAGUUUAAUCAAAAGAAGAAAAAAUCUAAUAUAUGGAACAAUCUUAAAAAGAAAUUAAAUUAUUAAUGGAAAAAGAAUUAUAGCAAAGCAAAAUGAUUUAAAUUUUGUAGAUAUAGAAAAUUGAAUUAGAGAAUAUGAUAAAAAAGACUAGUCAAAGAAAUUCAGUUGAAUCAUCAAAUCAUUAAAAUUCUCAAAUUUUUAAAGAUGAUGAAUAAACUAGAAUACUAAGUUGUUCACCAAGUAAUAUUUCAAAUUAUUAUAAGGAACCACUCAUAUUGAUAUAUCAAAAAUUGUUUUAUAAAAUCUCUAAAACAAAAAAGCUGAAAUGGUUUCAGGAUAGUCACUUUCAUAAAUUCCAUAUAAAUUUGGAAAAUGA